AUGGAGGAGGAAUUGCGCAGGGAGGUGAUGCGAUGGGGACCUGUGCUCGAGGAGGUGGCGGUCGCCUCGAGGCAACUGGACCGCCUUCGAUCGACUCUGCUGAGUUCGGGCCGCAAUGAGACCGAGCUCACGCGAGGCUGGACGGAGGCGAGCCCCGACGCUGCAGCUGAAGUGGCAGCCCUCUACCAGGCCUUCCUGCCGACCCUCCAGCGUGCUAUCGCCCCUCUACCCGCCCCCCACGCUUCUGCCCCAGCACCGAUGGUGCCUGCCGCCCAGACCGCGCCAGUGGCGGAGACCGUGGCCGACUCGCCUGAUGCGACAGCAUCAGCAGCAGCGCCCAAGGGAGAUGACGCCAGCCCCAAGGCCAGCCCCAGCGAGAAUGCGAUGGACAUUGAACAGCAAGAGCAACACGCGAAGAAAGGGGAUGCUGAAAAGACUGAGCCUGAUGCAGGAAAGCUCGAUGAUGGCGAGGCCGACGUGGAUGCCUCGGCCCCACCGAGCAAGCGGCGGAGGGUGGAAAAGGAGGAGACCGAGAUCGAUGAAGAGGAUAAGGAGGAGAAGCAAGAGAAGGAGGAGGAAGUGGAAGAGGACGAGGAGGAGGAGGAAAAGGAAAAGGAAAAGGAAAGGAAGAAGAAGACGAAGCAAGACGAAGAGAAGCGACAAGAGGAACAGCAGGCCAAAGCCAAGGCGAAGAAGAAGAGCGAAGACCUGCUCGAAAGAGAGAAGGCGAAGCUGCAGAAGGAGAAGGAGGAGCUCGAGCGAGCGAUGCGCGAGCAGGUGGAAGAGGAAGAGGAAAAGGAAAGGGAAAAAGCGAGGGAGAGGGAAAAGGAGAGAGAAAGGGUGAGGGAGGAGAAGCGAGAGAAGGAGCGACUCGAGUCGCAGGAACGCGAAAGAGAGAAGGAGAAGAGGGCCGAGAGGGAAAGAGAGAAGGAAAGAGAGAAGGAGAGGCUCGAGAAGGAGCGCGAGAAGAAGAGACUCGAUCGGGAGCGCGAACGCGAGCGAGAGCGGGAGGAGAAGGAGCGGCAGCGGCUGGAGCGGGAGAAGGAGCGGCUUCAGAAGGAGAAGGAGCGGCUCGAAAAAGAGCGCGAGCGCGAACGACGGCGCGACGACGAGGCCGCCGCAAAGAAAGAACGCGAGCGCGAACGCGAACGCGAAAGACUCGAGAAGGAACGAGAAAGAGAGAAAGAGAAGGAAAAAGAGAAAGAGAAGGAACGCGAAAGGCUCGAGAAGGAGCGCGAGAAGGAGGCCCAGCCCACCACCGGCACCGCCACCACCAAACGAGGGCGCGGUGCGCGUGGUGGCGACGAGGGAGGCCGUACGCCGACACUCGAUGAUUCGGCGCCGACGGCCGGCGGAGCCAAUUUCAUGGAGGCCGAGCUGCCCGUCAGCAAAUCGCCGGGUCCGUUGUGUGGCGCGAUUCGGGCACCACCGGAAUAUAUCAUUCCCGUGGGCACACCGGUAGCCGCCAAGACAGUCAAGGCAAGCAGAACGCGCCCCGCCGAGUGGCUUCUCGCAACCGUCGUGCGCUACGUCGCCGACAAGCAGCGAUACGAGGUCGUCGACGCCGAUCCCGAAGAAACCGAGAACAACCGAAAGCGCUACCUGUUGCCCCGGCCCUGCGUCAUCCCGCUGCCCACCUCGCUCCCCGAGUCAUGGUCCAAAGGCACGCAGUUCAGCAAGGGCAUGAUGGUGCUCGCCAUGUUCCCCAAUACCACCGCCUUCUAUCCGGCCACGGUGCAAGUCGGGCCACGACGACGGAAGGACAAGAACUACGUGCUGCUGUUUGACGACGACGAAGAGGAUGGCCAAAAGUGCAAGCGCUACGUGUCCCCUCGCUUUGUCGUCCACUACGACAAAUAG